UCUGAAUGGCAGCAGAUGGUCAACAACAACAGGGUUCAGGCUCGCAGUUGUGCAUCUGGGUGGCGGAAACAUAGUGUAGAUAUGUCCCUCAAGCUUCCGCUGCCUCCAGGGUUCUUUCAAUGUCCCCCACUGUCGCCCGACGACAAUGCUCGAUACUUGGAGAUCGCCAAGCAGAGCGUGCAAGACUUGGUGGCCAAAGCCAGAAUUCGAGAUGGACCUGUGAAGUGGACGAUGCUCUCCAAUGAGUGUGACUUGAAGAUCUACAAGGGCGAAGGCACGGGCACCACCGCCAACAGCGACAUCCACUGCGCGGCAAUGGAAACUGUCGGCCAGUUGGACGAAGUCAUGCGAUUGUAUCGCACAGACACGACUGCCCAAGCCAAGGAAUACGUCCAGCGCUUUGGCCGCGCUUUGGUUGAUGCCAUCACACUGUACACGAUUCUGCCACGUCAUCCCGAUCGGCCCAACAAUUGCAUUCAAAUCAAAUGGAUGGUGGCCAAGAGUCCGUUUGAUGGCCUCGUAACCAAGCGCGACUUUUGUCUUCUCGAGUCGGACUUGGAGUUUCAAGUUAACGGCAAACGGGCGUGGGUCCGCGCCUACAAAUCAGUCGAGUUAGCCUGUGUGCCAUCCCUUCGCGAAUCUCUGAAUCUCAUUCGCGCCUUCCAAUACGACAUGGGCCAUGUCUUCAUUGAGUCGGACCGCCCAGGGUACUUGGACAUGACGUACCUGGCGGACAUGGACGUCAAGGGUAUCGUGCCAGUGUGGGCCAACGACCAGGCGGUGAUCCAGUGGUGCCGAAACCUGUCGGACAUCGACCGAUUCCUGCGAGAGGAUCGGCUCAGUGCGUCGCCCUUCUUACGCCCCGAUCAACUGUGCCCGUUGAAUUUGAGAAAACGGUGUUAUCUGUGCCACAAACGCUUUGGCCCGUUGCGAAAGAAAUCCAACUGCGUCAAGUGCGGCGAGGUCCUGUGUCACAAGUGCAAUAAGACAUGGUCAGUCAAGCCCAACAACAACUCGAAUAUGACCACCGCGAAAUGCUGUUUUCCAUGUUCGUUAAAAGGAGGAUCAGUCCAAUCGGCGGCGGCGGCGUCUGCCAAGGCGGCGACCGGGAGCUCCGUCAAACACCAAGUAUCGGGCAGCAGUCCCACGUGGGGCGCCGACUCGACCUUUGAUGGGACUUCGCAGUGCAGUUCCGAUGAUCAGUCUAACUACAGCGAGUCUAUGGCCGGGACUUCCGUUGUGGGAGGUCACAACACUAAACUGUACAGCCAAGUCCAUCGCCAGCACUACUACCCGAGAGAAGGCACGAGCACCACCGCUUCCAGCGCCGCUAGCACCGUUCCCAUCAUGGCGUCGUAUCAGCCACAUCACCCUACGUCGACGAAUGCUGAGUACACGGGUGAAAUGUCGCCCGUGUCGCCUCUGCUGCGCGCGCCAAUUAUAUUGGAGUAGUAGCCGCGCUGUCUGUAUGUGAACUACAGUAGUGGGGUAACGCAAUAUACAUACAUAUACCCACCCAGUGGUUCGAUCCCACUACAGUACAGGUAGCCAAUGAUGGUCGUGGGUGGAUGGACUCUGUACGAUUUAUAGUAGUAGUUCAUGGUUCGAGAAUGUGGACGCAUGUAGAACUGGGAUGAAGAACGAGUAAUACAAACCACAA